UUUUGAACAGACUACGUAGCUAUUCACAUUCAACGGUUCAACAGUGGUUGAAUAUAAGCGAUGUUAACGUCAACAACAAUAAAAAUAGUGUUAGUGAAUUUUUUAAGUUGAUAAGUUUCAAAAUACAUAUUUUUAUUAAUUGGAAAACCAAUCGUUUUUGAUAAAUUGUUUUUAUUCUAUACGAGUACUAAAUGAGUAAUCAUGUGAGUGAUCUGAUUAAUUUUUUUUUGUCCACCAAAUUUUACGUAUUUGGAACUGAGUUCCCAUUACAAAAUCAAUUGGCUAAAAAAGUGUUUGAAGAAAUGUCUACGACUAUGAAUAAGCGUGUACAAAUAUUCUUUUUAUAAUCUACGAAAAAUUGAGCCUGUUAUUUUAUCUAGACUUCGUUUAAACUUUUGUUUGUCGUAGACGUGUUUUUUCUCCUAAUUUUUGUGUGAAAACACUCGAUAUUUUUCAAAACGCAUAUUCACAAUAAUAAGCAACACCAGUUGCUCAGAAUUUGAAUCAAACGACCAAACAGGUUCCUGUAAAUAUCAGGCAAAGUUACAGUCAAGUACCUCUUCGUGUAGUAAUUUAAAUAAUAUUAAAGAAAAAUCCAAAAAUAAACACAAUUCCUCAGCGUUAAUGCCUACAUGCAAAAAAAAAGUACGAAUGCCUUCUCAGUGUAUCAGCCAAAUGGUGUUUGGAACAAGAUACCACCAAAUGAAUGCACUACUAUCAACAUUGAAAGGAAUUCCAAUGACUCAAUUUCAUCAGUAGGGAAAUUUAACUUUGGACAAUCAAGAGAGUGCCUUAAAUGAAGGAAUCAUUCAAAGAACAGAAAAACUAACGGGUGAUACUCUUACUAUUUAUUGCAAACGCAAUAUAAAUAAUUGUAGAAGCAAAAGCUUUCCAGCAAAGACACUAAUGUACCGAACUGAGGACCAAGAAUAUGCAUGUCGACAAAUUGAGGACGUUCAUAAUUACUCCAAACGGAACCGUUAUGUUUAUUGCAAUAAAAAGAAAAGUGCAUCACCAUAUAGCAAUAACCAAGUCGAGAAAGAUGACGAUGAAGAAGACGAUCACGAUGAAAAGUUCAACCGUGUAGAUUAUGAGCAGCUUCCUAAAUAUAACCUUACAACCUUACAGCUUAAUGUAAGCGCCGCUCCUAGUUUUGUUUCAGUAAAAAAUCAGUCGCAAAAUAAAAAACAAGAAUUAAUGCUCCCCGAUGUUGUGAAAAUUGAAAAUGAAACAUACAUAACUCCACCGGAUCAUCAUGCUAGGAGACCAAUGAAUGCAUUUUUAAUAUUCUGUAAGAGACAUCGAGCCAUUGUCAAGGAAAAAUACAAAAAUUACGAAAAUAGGUCAAUUACCAAAAUCCUUGGUGAAUGGUGGGCUUCAUUGGAUACAAACGCUAAAAAGUGCUAUGUUAAUCUAGCUAAGCAGAACAAAGAUGCUUUUUUCUCUGCCAAUCCAAACUUUAAAUGGUACAAACUACCAGCACCAUCUCUUCGCACAUUACAAACUAGACCUGGAAAUAUUGAACGCGAAGUAUAUCAAUGCGAGAUAGCUAACAGCAAUAUGAGUCAUAACCCAAUUCCUCCGUGUGAUAUUUCUAAGGCCAAAACGAAAAAAGUGUCAUAUUUUAAGCUAGCAGAUGAAGCACAAAUGGGUGGACUUAAUAAUUUAAUCUUCCCAAGUCCUGAUUAUGCAUCAAAAAAUGAUAUCUUACAAAAUGCAUUGAGCGAUGGUUCUAAAUACUUCAGCACCGGUAAUAAACAAACAUCCAGUAUCAUUCAAAGAGAAUCCUUGAAUUUCAUAUCCUCACAUAGCGGCAAUUGUUAUUCAAGCAGUGAAGAUGAUGUAAAACCAAAGAAAUCAGUCCGUUCAUGUAAGGGUAAAAAGUACCAAGAGUUCAUUAAUUCUGGUCAAUUAAGUCCUGUUACUUCAAAAAAACUAAUUUCCCCGAAGCCAUCAACAAAAUUAAAUUGUUCAGAAAACAAAUAUUUUGUUAUGCAUAUUGAUAAGUGUAGUAAUGUCAUAGGUUCGUCUACAGCUAAAAUUCUUGAACCAGACAAAGACGCGCAGUCAUGGGUUGUGCCGCAAUACAGAGAUUCUAAUGACUUUAAUAAGCAGCAAUUUGGAUUUGUUUCGUUUGAUUUGGAAAAUAAAAUUAGUAGACUCCCAGCGCAGUGUCUAGAAACUUACCUUCAGCGCAAGAAAAACAUGAAACAUAAAAAGAAAUUAAAUUCCAAAAAAAGUUCUGCUCUACAAGCUAAGAUACAAGAGAGAAUCUUAAAGCAGACACAACAAAGAUCACUUUAUAAAACUAAAACAGAUGUUGAAGCAAAAGAACAGAUGGUUGGAAGUCAGAAAAGGAAAGCUAGAAAAGAAAGCAUCACGCGUAGAGACAUAACUUCAAUACAUAAGGAUGUUCAAAAGUUACUUGGUAAUUCCAUUGUUACAACAGCUCUCGUCGUUGGAAGCCCGGAAACUCAACCUGCUGUUGAUCACAAUGCAUCCUCAGAUCUACUGAUUUUGGCAGAAGUCGCUGCAAAUCGUACUGAGACUAGUAAAGUGAACCAAUGACAAUGGGUACUUUCGAACUUAUAACUUUAGUCCAAAAGUUUAUAUAUAAAAACUGAAUAUGUAUA